CUCCCCAAGCCUUCCACACCAAACACACUGCAGGAGUCCCAUAGCUGAAGGAGUGAUUCCUUCAACGAUGGACUCCUCCAAGAUCUCAGCCAUCCUCAUUACCUUCAUGCUCUUCCUCUCCUCCGUUUCCCCCGUCGUUUCUGCUGGCACCUGUCCCCCCACCAAGCACAAGCCACCCAAGUCCAAGCACCAUAAGCCGAAGACCCCCACUCACAAACCACCCAUCACCAUCCCGCCGGUCGUCGGCAAACCACCCAUCACGGUCCCACCAGUCAUCGGCAAACCCCCCAUCACCGUCCCGCCGGUCAUCGGUAAACCACCCAUCACAGUCCCGCCGGUCAUCGGCAAGCCACCUAUAACGGUUCCACCCAUCACCGUGCCACCAGUGAUCGGAAAACCACCCAUUACGGAGCCCCCAGUGGUCGGCGUGCCCCCCGUUGUCAUCCCCCCGACACUCCCGCCCAGGAACACUCCCUGCCCUCCUCCUCCUCCGCCUCCAGCUCCACCAGCGUCGCCGAGUUGCCCCGUCGACACGCUUAAGGUCGGCGCGUGCGUUGAUUUGCUGGGAGGGCUCGUGCACAUCGGCAUCGGCGAUCCCGUGGUGAACCGGUGUUGUCCUUUGCUGCAAGGACUUGUCGAGAUCGAGGCUGCAGUUUGUCUGUGCACCAGCAUCAAGCUGAAGCUUCUCAAUAUCAACAUCUACCUGCCGCUGGCACUGCAGUUGCUGCUUACUUGCGGGAAGACUCCACCGCCCGGUUACACAUGCACCAUCUAGAGCGUAGUCAAAGGUUGACGAGAGGACACGGGGAUGUCCGACCCACUGUCCAAGUGAAAGAGGAAUGCAUUCAUUCCCUUGUAGUUUCAGUAUGUUGUGCUCAAGUCUGAUAAUAAACAACCGUUGGAAUCUCCAUCUCA